AUAAAUUUGCACCUGAUAUGCCCUUAUUUUUCUUGCCUUCCUAAACAGAAUUUACGAGGACACUCCAAAGAAGCUCACAAGCCCAGAACAAAUUAUUUGUCAGCUGACCAUCGACUUUCCCACCGAAUCAUCAACGAAUGGAAUUCAUUACCCCAGCACGUAAUCGACGUUCCAUAAGUCGACUCUUUCAAAAAACGUUGGAUCAACUGAGAGACCAUCAGCUUCCUGUCCUUUCCAAACUGAAACUGAAAUUGUAACCUGUAUAACCUUGAAGAGCCUUGGUAGAUAUAGAAACACGUACAUGACGUUUUUAAAAAUGCCAUAUAGAAUCUAUCUGUGUGAUAUUAAAUUUAUUAUUCAUUAUGUAGAGCUUAAAGUGAAAAUCUUAUGUUAACUUUAUAGAUAUGCGCUCCAGGAACACGUUUAGCAUGCGAUAAUCACCUUUAUUUGUUGAUUGAGCUUUUCAAUACAAUGAAAAGGACUAAAUCGUUCUUACCGUGUUUUCCUUUACUUGUAGAUGAAGCCUUCAUUUUCAGAGCAAUAUUUUUGUCUGGACGUCGUAAUUUGAAGCCAAAUGAUGUACUUAAUGGUUGUAAAAUUAACAUACAGCUUUGUGAAGACCCUGAUGAUUCUGCAAUAGUAAAGUCGCUGGCUUUCUAUUCACGUGAUGCAUAUGACUUUUUUGGUGAGAUUAACAGAGAGAGACUGCGUACUCCUAAAGCUAGAGAGAUAUUUCUGAGAAGAACCAUCAACUUUCCAGGACCACCUAUUAGAAUGAAAUUUACUACAAUAACAUUCAUAAAAGAAAUUCAAGUUCAACAUAAUAGUCAACUUGAAAAGCUACUAACAAGUAACAAUUUAAUGAUACCAGAUUAUAGUUACUUAACAGAAGAUAAACAAUUGCAUGAUUCAAAUUCAAUUACUAAACAUUUAUCAUUGAUUAACCGAGAUUGUUCACAUGAUGCGAAAUGUUUCAUUUCAUUGAUAAAAAUUCCUGAUGAAUCAUGUAAAGAAAUUGACGAAACCAAUAUGAGAAAAAGAAUAAAUCCUAUUCAACUAUGUAUUACAUCAUCAUUACCUAUAAUGAAUCCAUAUAAACAUGAUUAUGGUGAAAUUAUUUAUCCAGCUGAUAGAUUGAAAUUAUCAAACUUACAAAUGAUUGUUAAAGAUAAAGAGAUGGAUUCGUCAGAAAAUGAUGCUGAUUUUUAGUGAUCAUUUAGCUACCUACUUAAUUUUUAUUUAAGUAGUAUUCUGAGUUUACUCAAAAGAAAUAUUGUGCAGUUUGUAAUUUCUUAUUUUUAUACUAAAUUUAAUAGUAAAAUUGUUAGUUAUUUCACUUAUCAUAGUAAUUUAUCUAAUUAGUGAUCAGACCUAUGAUCAGAAAAUAAAUUGUAUAUUUGAA